AUGCCUUCAAUGAAGACCGCCCUCGUCGCCGCCCUGGCCGCCGUGGCCACCGCCGUGCCCCUCGGCCCCAAGUUGAACAAGGACCAGAUGAAGAUCUACGACUUGGCCAAGAGACAACAGGCCGGUGCCGGCGCUGCUGGAUUGACGGAUAUCGACAUUCUGCAAUUCGCUCUUACCUUGGAAUGGCUCGAGGGCACUUUCUACCAGCAAGGCUUCCAGAAGUUCCCCGCACAGGACUUCAUGGCUCUGGGUCUCUCGAUGGAGCAGGUUAACGACCUUCAACAAGUCGGCGCUACCGAACUGUCGCACGUCUCUCUCCUGCAGUCUGCGAUUGCCCAGGCCGGCACUCAGCCCGUCCAGCCCUGCCAGUACAACUUUGGCUUCACCGAUGCCGCCGGCAUGGUCAAGACCGCCGCCGUCCUCGAGAACGUCGGUGUCUCUGCCUACCUGGGAGCCGCUCCCCUCGUCAAGGACAAGGCUAUCCUCGGUACCGCCGGCUCUAUCCUCACCAUCGAGGCUCGCCACCAGACCUUCAUCCGCGCCGCCUCCAAGCAGAUCGCCAUCCCCCAGGCCUUCGAUGCUCCCCUUGGCGUUCGUGCUGUCUUCUCCCUGGCCGCGCCCUUCAUCACCUCCUGCCCUCAGGGUUCCAACUUGGCUCUCCAGCCCUUCCCCAAGUUGACGAUGACCGCCCCUGCUCAGCCCAGCGCGGUUGCCAUCGGCGCCCCCAUCAUGCUCCAGGCCGACAGCGCCACCCAGGCCAAGGCUUGCGCCUUCACCACUGGUGGCCUUCAGCCCGGUGGCACCACCUUCAGCCCCUUCACUCCUCAGCAAGGUUGCGUCGUUCCUCAGGGUCUCAGCGGCAUCACCUACGUCUCCCUCACGAACCAGUCCCCGAUGAGCGGCGUGCUCAGCGAUGACAUCACCGUGGCUGGUCCUAUGGUGCUUACCAUCUCGUAA